AAGUUUAUUAUACAUGCUACUACGACACAACACACUCCAAUCACUCAAAAAAACUUAUAAGGUGACUAGUUGGUUCAUACUUCAUAUCAUAGCUACUUAUAAUUAAUUAGCUAGACAUCGAAAAUGGAAGCGGCGCUAAGUGGUUCUUCAAUAUUCUAUAAUGAUCAAGAGGAGCUUAUAAAAUCAGCAAAAGCAAAGAUGGGAGAAGUAAAAGAGGAAAACGAAAGAUUAAAGAAGUUAUUAGCAAAAAUUGUGAAUGAAUAUCAAUUUCUAGAAAAUAAAAUAUCUUCAAUGGGAGGAUCUAAAAAUGAUCACUCAAUAGAAACGAAUUCAUCAAAAAGCUAUAAUAAUAAUCAUAAUAACCCUAAGAAGAAAGAUAAUUAUGAUUGUCAAACCCAAGAACAUGAAUUAGUCUCCUUAACUCUUGGUAGUUGGAGUAAUAGCAAUAAAAAGCAUAGUUAUGAUAAUAAGAAGCAGGAAAGUGGUGAAAGUUUGAAUAAAAGAAGAAUGGUAAAAGAUGAUCAAUUAGGGCUAGGUUUGGAUUAUUGUAAACUUCAACAAAACCCUAAAGAGUCAAAGGAAGGUCAUGUAGAAAUGGAGGUAUUGAAUUCUAGUGAUCAUCUUCUAAAGGCUAAAGAUCAAAACUCGAAUUCGAAGGAAGGUGAUGAUGAUCAAGAAAGCUUACACCAACCACAAGUGAAGAAGACUAGGGUUUGCAUUAGAUCAAGAUGUGAUUCCCCCACGAUUCAUGAUGGAUGUCACUGGAGAAAGUAUGGGCAGAAAAUCGCAAAAGGAAACCCAUGUCCACGAGCAUACUAUCGAUGCACAGUUUCACCAAAUUGCCCAGUCAGAAAACAGGUACAAAGAUGUCCUCAUGACAUGUCCAUCCUGAUCACAACCUAUGAAGGCACACACAACCACCCACUCCCACUCGCCGCCACCGCAAUGGCAUCAGCCACCUCCGCGGCUGCCGCCAUGAUAAAAUCACCAUCGUUAACCUCCCAAACCCCAACUCUUAUAAAACCCUUAACCACUUCAUCUCUUGGACUACACUCCUCAAAUCUAAUCACAAACUUCAACAAUAUUAAUCCAUCAUUAAUCUCAGCUUCAUCCCAUAACUCACACCCAACUGUUACCCUGGACCUUACCUUACCCAAUUCAGGCUUCUCCUCUUUUGAUUGGCUAUCCCCUUCAUUAUAUCCUUCCUCAAAUUCCUCAAAAAGUUCAAGCUUUCUUAACUUUUCUUCUUCACCUUCUUCAUUACCUUUACCUUCAUUAGAUUUCUCUACUAGUAAUUCAUUACCUACAACUACAAGUACCUCUUGGGCUAAUGGGUAUUUAUUACCCUAUAAUAAUAAUAAUAAUAAUAAUAAUAAUAAUAAUAAUAAUAUAUACCAAAAUCCUAAUGGGGAUCCUCAACAAAAGUUAAUAAAUGAGACAAUAGCUGCUGCUGCUACAAAGAUUGCAUCAAACCCUAAUUUUGAGACAGUUUUAGCAGCUGCAAUAACUUCUUAUGUUAGAAAUAAAAAUAAUGAUCAAAUAAAAUCUGGGUUAUUAUCCAGUGGUGGUUCACAACCGAUAGAAGGUGGUCGGAGUUUGACUUUGUUUCCGACGACGACACCAUAUUCAUCGACGGCCAAGGGAAGUGCGUCUGCGGCUGCGGCGGCUGCGUGUUCAGAUUAGCUGAUGGUUCAAUGGUUGGCUGAGAUUAAGCUCAUUAUAAGUUGCUUUUAAGUGUGCAUUUUGGAGUUUGUUUUAUUUUUUUAGUAUAGACUUUUUUAUUUUUAUUUUUUUUUAAUGCAAAAAGGCAUACAUUAAGUACAUAUAACAAACUUUUUUUUGAACAAUUAUGCUUCAUUGUGGAUAGAUUUUUUUAUUUUUUUUAUUGUUAAUUGAUUACCCUCAUUUUUUUAAAAACAUAUAUUUUUGAUUCAGGGUAGGUAGGUUAAACAAUUCCUAAGGGAUUGUUUGUUGUUACUAAUUAAAUGAUGAUAAUAAUGCAAUAAUUUUUAGUGUAUAUUUUUAUAAGUCAUUAUCAUGCAGGUAUAUCAAAACAUGGAU